GGCUGAGCGGCUGGGCGGAGCGCCGGAGCGGUUGGGUGAGAGUCAGUUUAAACAGGGGGGCGGGAUAAAGAUUUAAAAAUCUCACUGUGGAGUUUUACUGACUGUUAGAGACGGGACUGGACGCAGCCGGUUUUAAGCAAUGGCCUCCCAAAAUCUGGAUCCUGCGGCAGCCUCCUCCACAGCUGCUCUGAAAGGAAAUGAAUCUGGCGGAAAUGUUCCCAAAGGCUCAGUUUCAAAAAGACUUCAAAAUGAGCUGAUGACUUUAAUGAUGUCUGGUGACAAAGGAAUUUCUGCGUUCCCAGAAUCUGACAAUCUCUUUAAAUGGAUUGGCACAAUAGAUGGCGCACAGGGAACAGUUUAUGAAGGCUUGAGGUAUAAGCUCUCACUGGAGUUUCCCAGUGGAUACCCCUACAGCGCCCCACGCGUGAAAUUCAUCACGGCAUGCUUUCAUCCAAACGUUGAUGAGAAUGGGUUCAUCUGCUUAGACAUUUUGAAAGAUAAGUGGUCGGCUCUCUAUGAUGUUCGAUCCAUUCUACUGUCUAUACAGAGUUUACUCGGAGAACCCAAUAACGAUAGCCCUAUGAAUUCUGCUGCUGCUGAGUUAUGGGAAAACCAGGAAGCCUUCAAAGCCCAUUUGCACGCAACCUAUAAGAACUGACCUCUGACACCGCACAAGCCUGUUUCUCUUCUUUUAUGUGUGUGACCUCAAUUUUUCUUGGGUCAUAAAUAUGUAAAUUAAACCCUGUCUGUUUAAUGUACAGUAUUUGUAUGUUCAAUUUAACUUGUCUGAAUAAAAUGCUGUUCAGUA